CAGCGGGUAGGACUGCUGGGCCGGCAGCUCCGCGGAGAGGCUGCGCGCGCUGGCCGGGGAAGGCGGAGAGCCGGGCCCGCUGCCUACGGGACACUGCGCGGUACCCGGGCGCGAGGCGAGGCGCCCGCGCGCGCCAGGUGGCGCGAGGCUGCGGCCCCGGGAGCCCUCGCGCGCCGCCCGGGGCCAUGGGCGCGUGAGAGCCCGGCACGCGCCUCCCUGCUGCAGCUCCCAAGCUCGUACACGGGCUGCACUGUCCCCUGGGCCGUUCCUGCGUCCGUCCUGUGCCACCUGGACCUGCUGUUCCUCGGCGCCGAGACCCCCGAGGCUGCAUCCGACUCUCCGCUGCCGCCGCCGCCGCUGCUGCUCACCGGCUUCCCCUCCCCCCACACUCGGGACUCCGAGCAGGAGGAGGAGGGGCCGGUGCAUUCUCGCCUCUGCUCUUUGCAACCUGCGGGGGCUGGUGCAUGCCCGGCGAGAAGCCGGGGCCGCUGCAGGUGCGUGCAAUCCCGGGAGAGGAAGACCACCCCACCCACGAGCAAACCCGAAGGCUGCAAGCCGCGGGCGGGUAGGCGAGAGGAAGCAACAAAGACAGGCUGCAGCUGGGGCUGGUGAGAGGGGCCGCGGCCGCCGGGCUCCCAGCGCGGACGGAGAGGGCGCCCUGGGAGCGGCGCGGGCAAAGCUGCAGCCUUGAGCGGGGCCCCGAGGGGAGGCGCAGCGCCUCCCGCCGGACACGGCGAGCACAGGCUUUGGCGAAGAUGCGCCGUCUGAGAGACCGUGCAGCCCGCAGCCCCGGUGAACGCGACCCCCACUGAGCGGAAAACCUCCCGACUUUGAACUGCGAGGUCCAGUGUCCGGAUCGCUCUCAUCUACGCGCCCGUUCCCGCCCGGACAGAGGCGUCGGCCCCCUAGCGGGGUUCCUCAGGCAGCUUCUCCCUCCCCUGCAUGGCUGCGACCCUAGCAGCGGAGCGUCGUGGCCACUAAGAUCUGGUGCCCUUCUCCUGCGUGGCUGAUCCGGGACCCGGCCGCAGAGUGCGCCCCAGCAGGGGCCCCCGGCUCAGCCAUGCUGGCCUGUCUGCAGAGGACCCAAAACCCACCGGGCCAGCACCUGGUCUGCCCGAGCAAGAGCCUGGAGCUGCGCAAGUGCGAGAUGACAGCCAGCUCCAUGCAUUCUUCCCGAUACCCAAGCCCAGCCGAGCUGGACGCCUAUGCUGAGAAGGUGGCCAACAGCCCACUGUCCAUCAAGAUCUUCCCCACCAACAUCCGUGUGCCCCAGCACAAGCACCUCAGCCGCACGGUCAAUGGCUAUGACACCAGUGGCCAGCGCUACAGCCCCUACCCACAGCAUGCCAGUGGCUACCAGGGGCUGCUGGCCAUUGUCAAGGCUGCUGUCUCCUCCUCUAGUGCAGCCACCUCCACUGGGUCAGCCAAAAGCGUGCUCAAGAGUGCCGAGGGCAAGCGGACCAAGCUGUCGCCGGCCACUGUGCAGGUGGGCAUUGCGCCCUACCCAGCACCUAGCACCCUAGGGUCCUUGGCCUACCCCAAGCCACCUGAAGCACCUGCCCCGCCACCCAGCCUGCCUGCAGCUGCCACUGCCGCCUCCGUCAUCCCCCUGCCAGGCCGGGGCCUGCCCCUGCCCCCCUCUAACCUGCCUUCCAUCCACAGCAUCCUCUACCAGCUCAACCAGCAGUGCCAGGCCCCAGGCGCUGUGCCCACCACCUGCCAGGCCGUGGCUGUUCCUCACCCCAGCCCGGCCAAGCACGGCCCCAUGCCCAGCUUCCCCAGCAUGGCCUACUCAGCCACCGCGGGUCUGCCCGACUGCCGGAAAGCUACAGAGCUGGGUCCUGGAGCCACCCCAUCCCUGACACUAGCUGGGGCGACCAAGCCUGCAGGGUACACGGAGGGUGGUCUAGAUUACCUGCUGUGGCCACAGAAGCCACCCCCACCACCGCCCCAGCCCCUGCGCACCUACAGCAGUGGCACAGUGGCCAGCAAGUCCCCAGAGGCCUGUGGCAGUCGGGCCUACGAGCGGGCCAGUGGGUCACCCCUCAACUGCAGCGUGGGGCUGCCAGCCAGCUUCACUGUGGGCCAGUACUUCGCUGCCCCCUGGAACAGCGUGCUGGUAACCCCCACCAGCGACUGCUACAAUCCUGCUGCAGCGGCAGCAGUGGCAGUGACGGAGCUCGGGCCUGGAGCCACCCGGGAGCUGGCAGGGCCUCCCGCAGACACCCUGGCAGGCCUGCCCAGCAAGAGCAUGUGCAACACGUCGGUGCUGAGCAGCAGCCUGCAGUCCCUGGAGUACCUCAUCAACGACAUCCGGCCGCCCUGCAUCAAGGAGCAGAUGCUGGGCAAGGGUUACGAGACGGUGGCCGUGCCGCGGCUGCUUGACCACCAGCACGCCCACAUCCGCCUGCCCGUUUACAGAUAGGUCUGCUUGGCGGACACUCGGACAGAUGGACAGGGUGCCAGGUGGGGACGCAGGCCGUGGAGCAAGGUGGGCAGCUCCCAGGAUCCCCAGUCCCGCUCUGUGCCCAUGGGGUGCCCCCCGAGGAAGCCAGGCUUUGGGCAGAUGGAGGGCGGCAGGGUGACCUCACAUACUGAAGCCCCUCCCCCAUCACUGCCCCAGGACACAGGGAGACCCUGGGAGGGCCGGGAACACCUACACCUUCCUGCAUCCGGACUGGCGAGGGCAGGGAGAGGAAAACCACUUACACACAGGGAAAGUUCUUUCUGGGUCUCUGCCAGAGGGGCUCAGGCAGGGUGGGGGACCAUUCACUGCAGCCCUCAUCCCCACGAGCCCCUAUAAGAUGGGGCCUAUAAGAAGUCACCCGGCCCCAAAUAGUCCCACACCAGCCAAUCCAGGUAAAGAUCACGCUGACCUUAGAAUCCUAGAGGCCCUAGGACUACUGGCCCCUGUCUCCUCCCUCAGAUUCUCUCCCCGACCCACUCCUUCCUAACACACAAUCAUCUUCCCACCCCCACUCUACACCCUGGACCAGUGUCUGCCCCUUUCUCUCCAAUACAUCUUAUAGGGCUGCUGGGCACAGUUACACAGGCUGUGUACCGCAUAAAGGAACCUCGUCUGAGGAGACACCACUUGCAUUCUAGAUGUGUAUAUUUAUUACAAUUUUCUGCAUCUUUAGGAAGGGGCAUCAUUUUCCUAUUCGCACAAAGGCACCCGAGGGGCUUAACAGUGGGCCUGCAAACUUCAGACCCCAUUCAGAGGGACCCCACGUUGUCUUCAGCAAGAGUAAAGGGGGGCUGUCCUCCUGGGAGCCAGUGACGGGGCGGCCUCCUGGUUUUGGAACCAUCCAACUCCUGUCCUGCAAGCCGCCCUCCAAGGCCUGAAGCCCCCGUGUGCAGCCCCUCCCCUGGCGCUCCACAGCGGUACUGUAUCUCUCCAAGGCCUGUUCAAGCACUAAGUGCAUUUACGAAUCUCUGAGAAUGUUUUUUUUUAUACUAAAAUUGACCAUUAUAUUCUACUGUGAGAAGUGCAGUCUGCACUAUAUUGUUUUAAAAACGAAGAGACAGAAAAAAAAGAGGAAAACACA